GUAAGCAGGGAGGGGAUGAAGCAGAGAAUGAGAUGAAAGAGGAGGAUGAACACAAAGAGGAGAGAGGGUGAUAAAUAGAGGAGACAGAAAUGAGAGAAGAGGCAGCAGUCUGACCCUCAGAUAUCCUUGACAGUGACAAACUGCAGAAAAUACACCCUGCAGCCGGAUGCAACAAGUUUAUACCUGCUGUCUGGAAAACUACCCAAAGUCAUUCUGAGUAAUGCUGGAAAUCACAAACUGAAAGUAAACGCUGUUGUGGAAGGAUAUUACUCUGCAGCUUCUAGGAAUCAUCUGCAAAAACGACAAUCACAAUGGGAAGCUGGAGCCCACCUGGAAAUGUUGACUCAAGUGAACUUAAGAUUUUUCUGGUUGGUCCAAGACGGACAGGAAAGAGCUCUGCUGGUAACACUCUGCUGAGCCAGGGCCAGAUUUUUGAAACCAGAGGAGGUGGAGCCAGCACAGCUGCUGGUGCCAUCACCUCUGGACGUCACUUGACUGUGGUGGAUGCACAAGGUUGGGGUUCAUCUGAGGAUUUUGUGCCCCGAGAGGAGAAAAUUGAACUGUUGCGGGCCUUGUCUCUGUGUGAACCUGGAGGACCUCACGUUGUUCUGUUAGUGAUCCCUCUGCUGGACUUCACUGAGCCAGAGAGGAGAGCAGUGGAGAGGAGGAUGGAGAUCUUGACCUCUGCAGUGUGGAGACACACGAUGGUAUUGUUUACAUUUGGAGACUUGCUGAGGGGAAGAGGGAAAAGCGUGCAGGAGCAUAUCCAAUCAGGAGGCUGCGCCCUGCGUUGGCUGAUGGAAAAGUGCCAUUAUCGAUACUACGUGAUGGACAACAAAACCACCAUUAUCAGCGAGAAAGAAACACUAAAGCAGGAGGUGAAUGGAGGUGUGAGGAAACAGGGAAAGACUUGGUGGAAGAAAGAUGCCAAGGAGGCAGGAAGGAAGAGCAUGGGAAGUGAGGAAGCAGAGCAGGAGCAGGUGAGAGAGCUGUUGAGUAAAGUGGAGGACAUGUUGCAGGAGAACGGAGGAUGGCACUUCUCUCUUCACAUGUACCAAAGGUUGGAGGAGGAGUGGAGCCGCAGAGAGCAGGAGCUGAGGGCUCGGCUGGAGGCAGAGACCGGUGUGGGACGUGUGAGGAGAAAACAAGAGAUGGAUGUGAAAAUGGAGCCGGAGAAGGAGCAGAGGUUAGAGACAUAAGAAGAGCAGGAGGGUAGCUUGAGCAAAGAGCAAGGGAGAAGGUGUGGAGAGGAAGAUGAAUAGAGAGGAGAGAUGAGGAGGAGAGAGUGAAGGGAGA